UGAUUCAGAUCGAUGAGACCGAAGUAAAGUACCGACAUCGCACUUUGUGGCUUAAAAAACUGUUAUUUUUCGUUCAGUCUUUAAGCCUCAUUACGCACACUGAUCCCCUCUCUCUGACACAGAGAAGAUGCCCAAGUGUUCACCCUGUGCGUCCCCCUGGUCCUCCCUGUGGCUGACAUCUUUUGUUAUUUUGGUGGUGCAGUCGGUAAUCUCUUCCUCGUACUCUUCCUCCUCCACGUAUCAGAGAAACGCAGCUGGCGGGAAGCGACCAGGUUUCUUGGGGAGGACGCUGGUUCUCCUGGAUGUCAACACCCGCAGUCCGAUCAGAAUCCUCAACGACAACUUCUUGUCGCUGCAGUUGGACCCCGCGAUCAUCAAAGACGGCUGGCUGGACUUUCUGAGCUCCAGGCGGCUCGUGACCCUGGCGCGCGGCCUGUCUCCUGCCUUUCUGCGCUUCGGCGGAAAACGAACCGACUUCCUGCAGUUCAACAACCAGAAGAAUCUUGCCAAGUUCAGGGGCCCUGGUCCAGACUACUACUUGAAGAAUUACGAGGACGAUAUAGUUCGCAGUGACAUUGCACUGGACAAACAGAAAGGCUGCAAACUCGCCCACCAUCCUGACAUCAUGCUGGAGCUGCAGAGAGAGAAGGCUGCCACCACACAGCUCGUCCUACUGAAAGAGCAGCUGUCCAACAUCUACAGCAACAUUACAAUAACAGCCAGGUCUUUAGACAAACUGUACAACUUUGCCGACUGCGCUGGUCUGCACCUGAUCCUGGGGCUCAACGCACUGCACAGAAACCCAGACAACUCCUGGAACACAUCCUCCACACUGAGCCUGCUGAAGUACGGUGCUGGAAAGAAGUACAACAUCUCCUGGGAGCUGGGCAACGAGCCUAAUGCCUAUCGAAGUAUGAUGGGUCGUGCGGUCAACAGCACCCAGUUGGCUCAUGACCAUGCCAAGUUGCGGACCCUCCUGCAGUCUGUACGUUACUACAACCGAGCUCACCUUUAUGGCCCGAAUGCUGGACGACCGCGGAAAAAUGCAGUCCUUCUACUGGACGGGUUCAUGAAGAAUGCCAGCUCAAUUAUAGAUGCUGUUACGUGGCAACAUUAUUUCAUGGAUGGCAGAGUGAAAAAAGCAGAGGACUUCCUAAAAACUCGUCUUUUGGACACACUGACAGAACAGAUUGCUAAAGUCACCAAGGUUGUUAACACACACACUCCAGGGAAGAAGGUGUGGCUGGGUGGACUUGGACCAGCGUGGGCCGGUGGCACCAACAAUCUCUCUGAGACGUAUGCCGCAAGCUUCCUGUGGAUGAACUCGCUGGGUGUGGCUGCUAUGCAGGGCAUUGAUGUGGUUUUGCGGCACUCGUUCUUUGACUAUGGAUACACACAUCUUGUGGAUCAGAACUUUAACCCUUUACCUGACUACUGGUUUUCGUUGGUCUUCAAGCGUCUGGUUGGUCCGAGGGUUUUAGCUGUCCGGGUAGCUGGACUCCAGAGGAAGCCCCAACCAGGGCGAGUCAUUCGGGACAAGCUACGUAUUUAUGCCCACUGUACGAGCUACUACAAUCCUAACUACAUGAGAGGCUCCAUUACAAUCUACAUCAUCAAUCUACAUCGGUCGAGGAAGAAAAUCAAGCUAGCAGGGACGUUACGGAACAGGACCGUCCAUCAGUACCUACUCCAACCCCACGGCGAGGGUGGACUCAGAGCCAGACAUGUACAGCUGAAUGGGGAGAAGCUCCUCAUGGGCAACGAUGAGACAUUCCCAGAGCUGAAGCCUAAAAUUCUACGGGCUGGCCGGACAAUAGCUAUGCCUCCAAUGACCAUAGGGUUUUAUGUCAUCAAAAACAUUAACGCAUACGCCUGUCGGAGAUAACGACGACUCUUCAUUCCGAAAGCACAGAAGACUACAUGAGUUUCCUGGAUGCAAAGCUUAAGAACCAAAUCACCAGAGGAGACGGCGUUGUCCUUCUCGAGGACAGCUGAACAGAGCAGAGAUUUGGAAACACCCUUGCUGGAAAACAGCCGACUAAGAAUGAGAUUAUUAUUUUUGUGGGAAUAUUUAAACCGCUCUUCCCAGUUUCAAAUAAACCUCACAUUCUCUCCUCUGUUCCAACGAAGUCUUUCUCACUAUGAUGCAUGUGAAGGACUUCACUGCUGAACACGUUGUCUUUUCGCCAAUAGCUCCUCAAGAGGUGCACAAUUUUACGUGGUAAGUUAUUGUUUUUGGACUGUGACACUUUCAUUUUGUGGCGCACAAAAUGGCAAAAUUAGAAACAUUGUUUGGGCUGAUGUUUUCUUGUCUUUAAUUGUCCUUCUCUCCCAGACUUUCAGUUGCUGAAAGAAAAAAAAAAACACAAAUACAAUAUUUAUCACAGAGAAAACUGUGGUGUAGCUAACUUUUGUGCAUUUCUAAGCUUUUUAAAUGAAUUUGAUAAAGCUACUGAUGUGUCUACUAAAAGCAUUUUUUCCCCUUUGUUUUGAAGAGGCUUACAUUGGAAGUGUGGGGUUUUAACACUUUGAUUAUUUUGUCAUCUUUGUUUCCAUAUUUUCUUUUAUCUGGAUAAGAUACAUUCGAUAUCAGUGAAGUUGUUCCAGUAUUUCGAGGAAAAUCUACAGAACAGUAUAAAAUACACUUGAAACUGGUUUUACUUAAAAGCAUCUUAACUCCCAUUUUUUUUCAGGUACAGUUUUUAAGCCUUUUCAUUUAAUGUUAUAUCCGAUAAUCCUUACUAUUUUAAUGCUGCUAGGUCACUUUUGUAUGGAUUAUAUCCUUGUACAGAUAUACAGUCAUAUAUUUUUAGAGUAUGUAUUGUACAUAAAAAAUAUAAUGGAGAUUUAAGCUUAAUAUGUUAGAUUCAGUAUGCAAUUAAUUUAUGAUAAAAGUCUAUUUCUAAUAUUGAAUGUCCAGUUCUAUUUUUGUUUUCAUAUUCAGUUUUUUUGUAAAACUGUAAAUGUUGUCCUGCAAAACCAUUAAUAUGCUUUAACUUUUUCAUCAUUUGUCACUUACAAACCUCAAAUGCCAAAGUUAUUUAAUAAAUUAGAAUAUCACUUCUAAUGAGGCUCAUUGAAUAUGCUUUUCACUAGACCCACAUCUCUGUUAAAUGUCUGGUGUGAUAUUUUAAUCCUAAAUGUAACUAAAAGCAGAAAAAUCACAAUAAAUAGACUUAAAAACAUCAGUUUUAGUGUUUUAGUUCAGUUUUAUUGUUUUAGUGAAAUGAGCAAAUUUUCAAUAUUCUAAUUUAUUGAAACUAGAUCAUAUGGCUGUGUUUUAUUAUAUUUUUAUGUUGUAAACAAACAAAAAGAUAAUCGCAAAUUUGGGGGGAAAAAAAUUGGUACCUGUUUCGCAUUUGUUUACGUGUGCAUUUGUCUUCAACUACUUACUUUCUGCUUAUUUUUGGUUAUCCAAUAACCAAAAAUAAGCACGGAAACCAGAUUAGCAGAGUUGCAUGAGAGGUUGUGGGUGUUGUUUUAUAACCCCACCAUUCAUAAAACUUAACAGGUUUAACUCUGAUCAUCCUGUAGUCCAGUGACGUGCGGUGAGGUUCAUAGCUGGUGAGGCACUGACGUCAUCAGAAUCAGAUUUGCAAAUA